AAAUAAAAAAAUAAAUAAAUAAAGACCAUUACUAAUUUCCAUCACCAAAUUGAAAAAAAACAAAUUGUUUUUUCAACUCUCCUUCCCAAACAAUUUCAUCAAACUUAACCUAAAAAUCAAAUCCAAGAAAAAAAAAUUCAAAAAUCUCCCCCCUUUCACCACCUUUUUCUCCCCCACCAUUUUUCCCUUCUUCGUUUCUCUGCACUCAAUCAAUCAAAUUCAACUCUGCAACUAACGAAAUCAGGAACCCUAAUUCCUUCACCCCAUCAAAUCAAUUUCUCCAUUCUCCCCUCUCUAUUCGUACGCACACGCGCGCACACACACAAACACACAGAUAGAGAGAGGUACACACAUGUCAGAUUUCACAGAGAGAGCAAUGCCCGUGCACCCGUCAUGAAUUAGUGGAAAAAUCACUUUAUUCAUUCACGCACCGAAAUUUAUCACCUUUUUCCCCACUUUUUUUUGGGGGGUUUGGUGCAGCUUUACUUCGAUGUUUAGAUACAACAGGUUCAGUGAGGUUUGCCUGCAUUGACUGCAGUUACUAUAGAACCUGCUUCAAUUGAAUAGCUAAGCAAUGUCGGAAGACAUGAUUCUGCAUUUCGCUUCCAAUUCUUCGAACCAAUCGGAUCAAUCCUCAAAGAUUGCGAAACUCGAGGCUAGAUUGGUGGGCAAGCCUUCAUCUGCAGUUGUCACGCAGCCCCAAGUCCAGGCGCAGCUGAAUUCAUGGUCUACCCCUGCCAAGUUUGGAGGGAAUCCCGAUAGUCUGCCCGAUUCUCUGCUUGAUAGUGAUGAUUCUGAUGAUGAUGAUAAUGGAGGAGCUUUUCUCAUACAAGCAAACACUCAAAAACGACGUAAAGUGGAAGAAGGUUGCAGCGCUACUUUAGUCGAACAUGUUGAGGAUAGUAAUUUUUCAGGGAAUAUACACCUGUCAGCAACUGAUGCUAGGCAAAAGACCGUAGAAGCUGUAGACUCGAACAAGGUAGGUGCUGAAGUAAAUAAAAGAAAACAAGGACGUGGUAGGGCUAAUUCUGGUUCAGGUAGAGGCCGUGGUCGAGUUACUGACCAGGCAAGAAAUCAGACGAUUUCUCCAUCAAAUGGUCUGGUCGAAAAUUCACAUCAUAAGGAUGAGUUCUUUAAAGAGCAGCUGAGGCAGGAUGGCCACUCUUCAACAGAGGAUGAAGUGACUUCCUUGCGUACAAAGGUUGCAAUACUGGAGGAAGAGCUGAAAAAAUCGCACGAAGAGGCCUCUGAUUAUCGUAAUGAGUGUGAGCGCCUUGAAAAGGAGCUUAAGGAUUUCAAAGAUUAUGAGCAGCAGAUGAAGCCAAAGAGAAUAAAAGUGAUAUCUGACUUAUUGAUAUCUGUAUCAAAAGCUGAGAGACACGAGGCGAGGAUGAAAGUACGCCAAGAUUCCUUGAGACUUGGCAAUGUGGGGGUGGUCAGAGCUGGGACAAUCAUAUCCGAAGCAUGGGAGGAUGGGCAAACACUAAAGGAUCUCAAUGCUAACCUUAGGAGAUUGUUGGACAAUAAGGAGGCCAUUGAGAGGCAGAGGAAAUCUCUGAAGAAACGCCAGCCUGAUAAAGGCGACACAAGUGAAACCGAGGAUGGGUUUCAAGAAGAAGAUGUUCUCAUUCAGGAUGAAAUAUUUAAGUCCCGUCUGGCUAGCAUCAAGCGUGAGGAGGAAACAGUAAUGCGUGAAAGAGAGCGCUAUGAAUUGGAGAAAGGAAAACUUAUACGUGAAAUGAAACGUUUAAGAGAUGAGGAUGGCUCUCGUUUCAACAAUUUUCAGAUACUGAAUCAUCGUUAUGCCCUCUUAAACCUUCUUGGCAAAGGAGGAUUUAGUGAGGUUUAUAAGGCUUUUGACUUGGUGGAACAUAGAUAUGUUGCCUGUAAGCUUCAUGGUCUGAACGCGCAGUGGAGUGAAGAUAAGAAGCAAAGCUAUAUACGACAUGCAAUCAGGGAAUACAACAUUCACAAGACUCUGGUUCAUCACCAUAUAGUUCGGCUUUGGGACAUUUUUGAGAUUGAUCAAAACACAUUCUGCACUGUCCUGGAAUAUUGCAGCGGCAAGGAUCUCGAUGCAGUUCUUAAAGCAACACCUUCACUGCCAGAGAGAGAAGCUAGGAUCGUUAUUGUCCAGAUAUUUCAAGGCCUUGUUUACCUUAAUAAAAGAUCACAAAAAAUUAUUCAUUACGAUUUGAAGCCUGGAAAUGUUCUAUUCGAUGACUUGGGUAUUGCUAAAGUCACAGACUUUGGCCUCAGCAAGAUUGUGGAGGAUGAUGUCGGAUCCCAAGGCAUGGAACUUACGUCUCAGGGCGCUGGAACUUAUUGGUAUUUGCCUCCUGAAUGUUUUGAGCUAAGCAAGAUACCUCUCAUUUCCUCAAAGGUUGAUGUUUGGUCUGCGGGUAUUUUAUUGUACCAAAUGCUGUUUGGAAAACGGCCAUUUGGGCACAACCAAACUCAAGAGCGAAUAUUACGUGAAGAUACGAUUAUCAAAGCUCGUAAAGUUGAAUUUCCCUCAAGACCAUCUGUAUCAAAUGAGGCAAAGGAAUUUAUUCGUCGGUGUCUAACAUAUAAUCAAGCAGACAGACCUGAUGUUUUAGCUAUUGCUCAAGAUCCAUACCUAAACUAUACAAAGAAAUGAUGAUGAACUGGUCUAUGUGCCAAGAAGACAACACUGUCAUAAUUUUCAAGGGUGGAAUUUUUUGUAUAGUGAUAAAAGCCUUGUGACUUUUGUUUAUUACAAACCCUAAGGCGUUUCUUUUCAAUUAAUAUUUGUUUCCUGUAAAACUUCAUUUUGUAUGAAAGAAGUACAUGUUUUGAACUAAA